AUCUUUCUGCUAAGUUCCUAAAUCAACCAAAAACGGUAAGUUCCUGCAAUACCAUGGCUACUGCUGGUUUCUUUGCCUGCUCAGAGUGUGGCAUGUUUAGUUUAAUCCCCUUUUCCACCUCUAGCGAUAAUGAUAGUGGCUGUGUUUGUGCUAAGUGCCAGCUAGUUAGCUCCCUGGUGGAAAAGGUGGACCAGCUAGAGGUGCGCAUCCGGGAUUUAUUAAGGGACAGACAGCGAGAUUCACUGCUAGCAGCCCUGGCUGCCUUAGGGAGAGUCAGCACCCCCUCGACUCCGGCGUUAGAGCCCUCACAGCGGGGUGAAUGGGUGACGUCUCGGCGACAUAGCCGGAAAGCUAAGGCUAAUGCUAACGCUGAGGCCAAAGCUAGCCCACCAGAACACCACACUCCUCCAAAUUACGUGUCAAACAGGUUUGCCCCGCUCAGCGAAACACCUGCUGAGGAGCCUGUUAAAAGUGCUCUGGUUAUAGGAGACUUGAUCGUUCGACACGUGAAAUUAGCUACUCCUUUAGGGGUGCCAGCAGUAACAGUCAGCUGUUUACCGGGAGCCAGAGCGCCGGACAUUAGCGGCAACCUUAGACUGUUAGCUAAUAAGAGAUAUUCGAGGAUAGUCAUCCAUGUAGGGGCCAAUGAUAUUCGUCUGCGGCAGUCUGAGGUAACUAAGGGUAACAUUAGAGAGGUGAUUAAACUGGCCCAGAUGAUGUCCGAUGCCGUAAUCUGCUCUGGUCCCAUCCCAAUGCGGCACGGCGCUGAAGCCUACAGCAGACUCUCAGCGUUAAACUGCUGGAUGUCCAAGUGGUGUUCGGAAAAUAAAGUGGGCUUUAUAGAUAAUUGGUUACAUUUCGAGGGCAAGCCUGGUCUUAUAGGUAGGGAUGGUGUCCACCCCACGCGGGAGGGUGCUGCCUUACUUUCUUGCAGCAUAGCACAUAGUCUUUUAGUUAGUCGGCAGAGUAGUGUAAACAGCUGCUGACAAUCCAGAGCCGGGACCAGGCCGCAGACAGACAGGCUAAACCGACCGUCUGCGAACCGCCUUGAGGCGUCACCUAGGAUCCACUAUAUUGAGACUGUGUCUUUGCCCCGAAUUAAAUCAAAAUCUAAAUGUAGAAAAACUCAAUCAGCCCGCUUCAAUAACCUAAUCAAUAUUAAAUCAUAUUUAGAUGAUUGCAGCAACACCUCAGUUCUAAAAUUUGGGUUAUUUAAUAUAAGAUCACUAAACUCAAAAGCAGUCAUCAUAAAUGAAAUAAUAAGUGAUCAUAAAUUUGAUGUUUUCUGUCUCACUGAAACAUGGGUUAGACAGGAUGAAUAUUCAGCACUAAAUGAAGCUACCCCUAUAGGCUAUAAUUAUGUACACAGCCCAAGAUUAUCAGGCAAAGGAGGUGGAUUAUGUGUAAUCUACCAGAAUACCCUAGAUAUCAGUCAGAAACAAUGUGACACUUUCACUUCUUUUGAGGUUCUUUCCAUCAACAUUACAAAUCCGGCCACAAAAAAGAACGCAUUUUCAUUAUUUAACAUUUACAGACCACCAGGGCCCUACACAGAAUUUUUAAAAGAAUUUAGUGAUUUCACUGCAAACCUAGCUGUGUGCAAUGAUAAAGUAAUAAUUGUAGGAGAUUUUAAUAUUCAUUUUGAGAAGGCAGAUGACCCACUAAAAAAGGCAUUUACUUCAAUCCUAGACUCUGUUGGUAUUACCCAAAAUGUAACAGGGCCUACGCACUACUGUAGUCACACUUUAGAUCUAGUUCUGACACUUGGACUUGACAUAGACAGGCUUAGUAUCCUACCGCAAACCUCAGUAAUCUCUGACCAUUACUUAAUUUCUUAUGAGCUACGUCUUAGCCAUAAUAUAUGUACGUCCCCUCGCUAUUCUACAAAGCGCUCAAUAAAACCAUUUACCGCCCUGCAAUUCACAGAAAACCUCCCAGAACAAACAACCCUAGUCUCCACUCCAUCAGACCCAAUGGAGCUAGAUGUAUUAACCGACUAUUUAGAAAAUACCUUUCGAUCUACUUUAGAAAAUGUGGCGCCACUUAAAAUCAAAAGGAUAAGACAGAAAAAGCUUGCCCCAUGGUACGAUGAUAAAACCCGUACCUUAAAACAAACAGUACGGAAACUAGAGCGGAAAUGGCGAUCAACCAAGCUAGAAGUGUUCCACUUUGCCUGGAAGGAAAGCCUUAUAGAGUAUAGAAAUGCUCUCACUAAAGCUCGCUCAGCAUAUCUGGCCUCGCUGAUCGAGAAUAAUAAAUAUAAUCCUAGAGUACUGUUUAGUGUGAUUUCCAGAAUUACAAAAAAUCAGGCAGGCACUGAACCACAAAUUCCGGCGACUCUCACCAGUGAUGUUUUUAUGGACUUUUUUAAUAAUAAAAUUGAAAAUAUUAGACAACAAAUUCAACCCACAGUAUUAAAUCCAACUUGGCUGUCAUCUGAUGUGGCUGAUAUAAAACAUAACGUAGUUGCAGAGGAAAGGCUGGAAACUUUCUACCCACUACCACAGUUAGAACUAGAGAAGAUUAUCUCCUCUGCAAAUUGUACAACCUGCACACUUGAUGCAAUCCCCUCAAAAUUACUCAAAGAAGUGCUACCAAUUAUCAUUAAUCCUCUUUUAACUAUAGUAAACUCGUCCCUUAGCCUGGGCCAUGUACCCAGAGCUUUUAAACUAGCAGUUAUUAAGCC